GUAAUGAGAUGGUGAUAAUGAAUAAUAAUGACACUAAACAAUAGGGCGAGGGGCACGGCAGAUGAGUGGUAUACAAUGGGUAUACAUUGUAUACAUCGCACAGAUACUGCGCAGUGUAGAUAAGCUUGGGGGGGCCGCUUCUGCUGACCCUAUAAGUAAGUACUUAUGAUGUACUUACUUACAUACUUGGGGGCAAAUUAUGGGAAACACUCCGGGAAAUACUUUAGAUUUGACUGUCACUGGGCAGGGGGUGCGCGCCUGCGGCUGCGGAAUGAGAGAUAAUAGAGGUAAUAAAACGAGGGACGAGACCCAUCGUCGACGCCGCGGGCCAAACAUACGUAGUAGGUCCUGUAGGCAUUCUUGCUUCUUCCGAGGCCUUGGUUGCAAGAGCGCGCGCGACUCUACGCGACCAAGCUCAGCUGGACCGACCGCCAGCAAUGCCAAGCAUUGGGUACCUAGUCAUUGGUAGGGAAGUAGGAUAUGGAAUGAUUGGAAUCUGCGCAUCGCACCGACCCGCCGCCCCCAAAUGAGAUAAGCCAAGUGAGAUCGGCCGCUCUCGUGGGAUGGGCUGUCGCUUAUCAAGAGCUGUCAUGUUGCUACGGCUAGAUGUGGCGCCGGGACGAGAGGGAAGGAUGGAGGAAGGGGAAGGGGAAGGGGAAGAGGGGAGGGGAGGGGAGAGGAAGCAAAGCGGGAGACGGGAGGGGGGUAAGAUGAGACCAGCACAAAAGUACAAGAGCGCCUCAGCUUCGCAACACCAGCAAUGCUACAAACGUGAGGCGGUGAGGAGCCCUGAGCUACCAUUCGACGAGGUUCAAUGGGGUUCAAUGGGGGAUGGGGGAAGGGGGAACAACCAACGAGGAGCGUGGAAAUCAACCGGGAGGCAUGGCAGCCAUGGCAGCCAUGUAAAGUACCUAGCCAAACCCCAGGCCAAGAAGCAAAUCAGACAAUCCAGACAAGAUAACGCCGGUGAGACAGGCGAGCAAGACGGUCAGACAAGCACAACCGAAGCAGGAGUUUGCGCCCCUCAGCAUCGACGAACAGGGAACGGGGAACCGGUAACGGGCAGCGGAAGAUGCGGAAGACAUGGAAGCAUGAACAACGAAAAGGAUUCAAUCGUUGGAAUGGAUGGAAUGGAAUGGAAUGGGAAAAAGGUAAUCAAUCUCCAGGCACUUACAAUGGACGUCAUGACGACUGCGCGCCCUGCCAGGGGUAUUAUGCAAGGUAGAGCCGACUCUUGCUCUCGGUACGUCCCAAGGCCGUGGCCCGUUUCUCGAAGCAAUAGUAUGCCGGUUAUCGAUGGCCGAUGGUGUUGCAACCGUUACCUCUGCCUUAGUAUUGGGGUAUUCAAGUUGCUGGAGCGAGGCCUGGUUGUCGUGCGGGGCGCGUGCCUUUUGCGGCCGUCUCCUCUUCGCAGAUGCUCUCUAGAUGUCUCGUGUAUCGCUGUUGUUCGCAAAAGUUGUCUUGCGCUCUGUCAUGUAGCCACGGUAUAAGUUGAUGCUGCGAUAUUUGACUCAACUGAACCGUGUGCCGUCGGAUAAUAAGGAGUGACACUACUGCGUCUGGCGAGGACUACGGAACAUAAUUUCCAGAGAACGCUUCGGUUUAAUAA